AUGGUGCCGAGGCGGGGCCACAGGGACGCAGAUUAUAGUGGUACCUCCACUAUACGUUAUUGGGGGGUCUUUGAUGCUGGCAGAAAUGAUGGGCAUCAGCUGGCACGCAGCCCAUCCCCCGUGCCAGACAUUUCACCCAUUGAGAACUACAGACCUGAUUCGCCAUAUCAUGAACUCAGGCAAGGCAAGAACUGGCUUGAUGUUGACUUUCAAAUCCGUUCUGCAUCUACCUCAUCCGACCUCGAGCCUGUCCUUGGCCAUGACGAUCCCACCACCCCGGUGCAAUCUCCGCUGCUUGGUGCCUUGGAGUCGCACGAAGCAAUUGCACCGUACUCAGUCAGUCCUCAGACUUCGGGCAGCUCAUCUGAAGAAUCUGAAGAGCCAAUCGAUGCACCUGACAAUCGAGGACAGCUCUCGCUGUUCAAAGCGUGCGGCACAAUGUACAAAUCUCCCAUGCCGCGUGUUGUCAAUCUCUUCUGUGUUGUGGGAAACCCCAAAACGCCAUGGAAACUGAUCCACCUUCCGCGGGUGAUACAGAGCGUGGGCGACCUGAGCAUUACAGGCUCGGUUACGCGGAUUCGCUCGGCGCUGCAAAGUGCGCUGCUCUCGAUCAGUGCCUUUUGCAUUUCAAAUGACCACAAGAACCGUCAAGAAGUCGACAAGGCUGCUUACUGGUCGAAUGAGGCAAUACUUCUACGUGGCAAGGCUAUCCAGCAUCUGAAACUGGCUGUAGAGCACGACUUUAGACCUGAAGCGAUGCCCAGAUACAAAGAUUUCCUUGCCACCAUGCUGUCAAUGAUAUCCAUCAAUGUCAUGUCUGGCGAUACAGCUUCCUGCGCCCUCCAUCUAAGCGGUAUUAGCCAGCUCAUCAUUUAUGCCAAAAAGUGGAAAAAGAAGUAUUCCAUCAAAGCUCAAGCGUUGCAUCGCACGUUCUUUUAUCUGCAAACUAUACAUCAAAGUACCCUAGUGCUAGGUAAAGAAAAUCCAUCCAUUUCUGAGGCUGGUCUUGAAUUAUUCUCCCAACCAUUGGUGUUAGCGACGUCGGGGCCAACUCUGAGAGACGAUGUGGUUGGCGACGAAAUGUCGCCCGGAUCAGAAGAAACGUUAAGGCAAAUGGUCACAUUUCAAGGUAUAUAUGGUGUACCGCAAAGUCUACUGUUCAUACUGAGCAAGGUAAUCCGUCUAAUUCAUUCCCUGGACAAGGUGCGGCGCGCAGAUCAAAGUGUCACAAUACCAGCCUCCAUGAUGUUAGAGUGCGAUGAGCUCGAGCAUGAGAUCAUGACGUGGACGGCAGAAGCAUUGCCAGAAGACCACCCGAUCCGUACCACAUCCAUUAAUGCAGAAAUCAUCAGGCUGACCACUCACGCUUUCUACAAUGCAAUCAUUGUAUAUUUCGCUCAGAACAUCCGACUCAUAGGGCACCACUACCUGCGGCAGUUUGUGCAAGAGGUUCUCGAGAGCAUCGAGUCUAUCGAAGACAUCAAAGCACAAUCAAAAACUCUGGCAGCGCCACUCUUCUGGCCAGCAUUCAUCGCGGCGAGCGAGUCGUUUGACGAAGAACUGCAGUUGCGUUUCCGAAAUUGGUAUAGACGAGUGGAAGUAUAUGGCUUCGAGUGCCCCCGAACUGGGAUUGAGAUUUUGGUAAAGAUUUGGCAGUCGGGGAUAACUAAAGACUUGAGGACCACGUCUCGCUGGAGGGGGGAAAUGAUGAAAAUGCAGUCAGUGCUCAUGCUGACAUGA